AUGACUGGUGGUGGUGUUGCUGGUAUGUCUGGUGGUGGUGUUCAUCCUAAUAAUAAUGUAGGGCUCCAACCUGCUGGUAUUCCUGGACCUGCUGUUCCUGGCAGACCUCCUGUUAAUCCUCCUGUUGGUGUUCCUAAGGGUGUUCAACAAAGUCCUUAUACGGACCCUGCAGUUCCACACGGUCCUUGUGGUUCUCCUGGUGCGCCUGGUGCUAUCCCUGGCAGUGCUGCAGGUACAAAUACUUGUUCUGUUGGUAUUCCUGGUUCUCACCAUGCUGUACCUUCACCUACAUCUCCCAUUAAACCUCCUCUUCCUACUACUGCUAAACCUCUUGCACCGGCACAAUUAGGUUCUGCGGCUUCUUCUGGUACAUCUCUUUCAACUACACGUGAUGGUCUUCCAUCUAGUCGUCAAAGUGGUAUAAAGGCCCAGGGUGGUCAUGGUGUUGGCCAACAUGAUGUGUCUUCUGAAGCUAAUAAGCUUGGGAAACAUCCUGAAGAAUCCCCGGAUAAUACUAAACGUGAUAGUGGUCUUGCGCAGGGUGAGAAGGAGUUGGAAGAAAAUAAGCAAAAGGAGUUAAAAGGCGAGUCGGGUGACAGAUCAAAAGGUCAAGGUCGUGGGAAUGACAGUCAACCAGAACCUGCUGUAUCUCAUCCUUCUCCUGUACAAGAUGUAAGUAUCAACCAGCGUAGUGAGGUGACAAAGCAAGCAGAGAAUACUCAGAACCAGACGUUACCCACUGAGUCAGGCCUUAUUGGAACUAAGGGUAAUCAGGAACCGAUAAAGGAAACCACACACGGUACUCAACAAGAUGACCACAAUACAGAAACAAAUGCCACAGGUACAACAAGUACAGAAUCCCACGUUACUGCUGACUCAAAACCACAUCCUACUACAGAUGCAUCACCUAGUGAAACAACUCAAUCUGGUCUACCUUCUGGUGAUUCAAACACACCAAAUAACACGGGCACAGAGCCCAACAGUACCACUGAUAAUGUGACGACGGCAGAGAAUAAAUCAACAAAUGGUGUCGAUACUGUGGGUGCAUCAGCAGAAGGGAAUACCACAGCAACCACGAUCUCUGUUACUCUCAAUACCACCAGUAACGAAGACUCAACCUUACCCACCACAACCACCACCACUACAAAUACAAUUCUUACUAUCACUGGAAUCAGCAAUAACACCAUAAUGCCAAAUGUGAAGGGUGAUGCAGACAGCAGCAGCAGCAAUAUCAGCAGUUCUGUGUGGAUGCGUGUACCACUACUGAUUGUGGUAGCACUGGCCUGUAUUCUUGUGUGCUGA